CUAUAAAUACCACAUUUAUGAGAGAGUUCGGGGAAACCAAACCAUACGAGAGAGAGAGAGAGAGAGAGAGAGAGAGCAAAGCUGAAGAAGAUAAACAGAGAAGAUAGGUAGAUAACGAAAGAGAGGGUGUGCCGAGACCCAGAUUCUCCGGUCCCGAACACAAUUCAAAGCCUUUUCCCUUUUGCCGUCCUUGUUGUGGUAAUUGGGUCCCACUUCCCCUAUGAUUUGAUUACCAAACCAGGGAAGAUCCAUUUGUCGCCAAGAUCAACACCAACCCCACGUUUCUUCCUCAUCCACACCCUCUUUGCCGCCACUCAAUUUCUUUUUUUCUAUCUAUCUCUCUCUUUUUUCUUUUUCUUCUUUUUUUUUUUUUAAUCUCUUACACUUUAUUAUUCUCCUGUUAUUGUCUUCGUCGUUUGCCACCAACUCAACUCAGUUUCUAUUGGGUUUGAUCUCUUCGUCCCACUCAACUUUAUUCUUUUUCUCCAUCUGGGUUCCUCAGUUUGCGAUUCUGGGUUGGUGCUGUUUCGUGGAAAAUUCUUGUUCUGUCAAUGGGCGCUUUGGAUGAGGGACAUUUCCAUGAGGAACUUGAGAAUGGAGUGAAACUUGAUUGCAUUAAGCUUGAUUGUGAGGAAGAGCCAAUCACUACUGCUAUUGAGGAUGCUGUCAAAGUUCUGCUGCAAGGGUUGGGGGAGGAUGUUAACAGAGAAGGUUUGAGGAAAACGCCGCUUCGAGUUGCAAAGGCCUUUCGAGAAGGAACUAAAGGUUACAGACAAAAGGUAAAGGACAUUGUGCAAGGUGCUUUAUUCCCUGAGGCUGGUAUUGACAAUGGAGUUGGUCAUGCGGGAGGUGCUGGUGGGCUUGUGGUGGUUCGGGACAUAGAUCUCUUUUCAUACUGUGAGUCUUGCUUGCUACCUUUCCAGGUCAAAUGUCAUGUGGGUUAUGUCCCUUCUGGCCAAAGGGUUGUGGGCUUAAGUAAGCUCUCUCGGGUGACUGAUGUGUUUGCAAAACGUCUUCAAGAGCCCAAGCGUCUUGCAAAUGAAGUCUGUGCAGCUUUGCAGCAGGGCAUCCAGCCGGCAGGUGUAGCUAUUGUACUCCAAUGUCUACAUAUCCAUUCUCCCGAUUUAGAGGGUUCAUUUCUAGACUCCAACCACCAAGCAUGGGUAAAGACACUAGUUUGCUCUGGUUCAGGGGUUUUUGAGAACGAAAGUGACUAUCUUUGGGGUGAUUUUUUUAAUCUUUUGAAAUUCAGAGGCAUAAAUGUGGAUAAAACUUUUAUGAGACAUUCAAGUGAUCAAUCUUGGUGUCCUUCCCAGUCCUCUUCUGGUGCAAAAACUUCUGCGGUGAUUGAAUCCAUCAAUCAGGGGAUGGUCACUGCAGUAGCUUCAAUUAUUAGGUCAUUAGGUGAAGAUCCAUUACGGAAAGAACUUAUAGGAACACCUGGUCGUUUUGUGAAGUGGCUAUUAAACUUCCAACAGACUAAUUUGGAAAUGAAUCUAACUCCUCUAAAUCCUGAUGUAGAAAUCAGCGACAAGGAAAAGCAAAUGCAGUCCGAGCUGAACUUAUCAUUUUGGUCUCAGUGCGAGCAUCAUUUACUACCUUUCCAUGGUGUUGUGCAUAUAGGAUAUUUUGGCUUUGAAGGUCUGACCUCCAUUGGAAAAUCCCUUUUACAGUCAAUAGUUCAUUUUUAUGGUUUCAAGCUCCAGGUACAGGAAAGACUCACUAGGCAGAUAGCAGAGACUGUAUCAUCACUUUUAGGUAGAGAUGUAAUAGUGGUUGUGGAGGCCAACCACACUUGUAUGGUUUCUAGAGGGAUUGAGAAAUUUGGAAGUAGUACAGCUACAAUUGCUGCAUUGGGUCGAUAUUCGACCGAUCCUGUUGCUAGGGAAAGGUUUUUGCAGGGCAUACCAAAAACUAGCACUUCUGAAGUCUAAUUCUCAGUCUUUAGUCCAUUUUGUUAUUGUGAUAUCUUGGCCUUGGUGAUUUUUUUCAUAUCGGCAUGGUAGGUUUUCGGGGAUAAAAUGAUCUGUCCAAGUAAUGGUUGAAGACGAUCUGGGUCCCACUCAAUGAUUUUGUUUUGUAAUGUUGUUUUAAACUUUGUUAGGAUCUUAGAUUUUGAUUCUCGUCCACAUUUACCCAAAAUUUUGAUUAUUGCUCAUCAUUUACUGUCUAUAGCAUAAGCCCUUAAAAGAAUCCCAAGGAAGGUCAUUAUUUCAAAGAAUUUAUAUUGCUCAGUAUCAAUUCCCUUGCCGGAAUGUAGGUAUAGCAAGCUUUUAUGUAACACCAUCUUUAUUAUUGAUUAUAAAAGUGUAUUUCUUCUUUUA